AUGGGAGAAAAAAAGUGCAGUAUGGUGAAAAACCUUAUUUUGCACAGCGCUCUGCUGGAGCUGUACUACAAGCAAAGAAAACACGUGGCGCUGGAGGUUCUUCUGGACAAAGCGAGCGUGCUUCUUAGGUUCACCCUGGUGGAGGUCAUAUGCGCAAAAAUAUGCAGCAGCAUCGUAAUAGGCAUGCUUCCGCAGUACACGUCUUUGGAGAUAUUCUUCACCUCCUGCAUAAUAUUCAAGAAGUACUGGAACGAUUUCUCUCUAAGAAACCUUGAAGAGGUAGACAAGGACAUUGUGAGCAUAAAGAAGCUGAACCGAAUAGAAGUAGCCAUAUUAAAAGUAAUCAAAUACAACAUACGCAUCACCAGGGAGCAGAUCCAGAGAGAAAUAGACCUGGAGCGAAGCAUAGACGUAACAUACAACGAGGCCAUGUCUAGCAUAUUGUGCACAUCAAAGUAG